GGAAUCGAUUUGGAGGCAACUUCAUUUUUCCUCUCCUCCUCCUCCUCCUCCUCCUUCUUCUUCUUCUUGAGUCUGAAUGAUGGAUGAACCAGGCACUGGAGGAGAUGUGAGGAGGCAAAGCGCGACGUCAUGGACGUGACCGCAGAUUACAAACCCUCACUGACGUCAUCGCGUCGCUCACCUCCCCCCUGUCCGCCAGCCGUCAGGGGCCAGAGGAAGAGAGAGAGGAGGACAACGACAUGGUUCCUGCCUCACCACGUAAGCAGAGCUGGAGCUAAUGAAAGUCCUGCAUGGACAGAAAUGCAGCUCCUCUGAGGGAAAGACUGUGACUGGUGUCUUCACGUGUGACUGCUGCAUCUCUCUGUCUGUCUCUGUUUCUCUCUGUAGACGUUAAUCUGAAUAAAUCAGGGAAAGGUGGAUCUGAUCACUUCCUUUCUCCAGGCUGUGAGAGCGAUGUGAUGCGAUGUGAAGGUCUGCGACGCUCCUCUCUCGGGUUCCUCCCUCUGUGACUGUGUCGCCUGCCUUCGCUGAGAUGCGCACAGAGACACAAUAAGGUACAAAAAUAUAAUCAUCUGCUCAGGACAGAGAAAUGAGGAGCCACCGGAGCUCGCUGGUCCUCUCUUGUCUCUCUGUGCUGCUCUGCUGUUGGACUGGAGCGAGCGCCUGGCCGACCCAUGAUGUCACUAAUAAUAAUACUAACAGCCUAGUAAAAGUCGCGCAACCGCAGGUCAGAAGCAGAGACGGCGAGUUCGAGCCGAAGCAGCAGGAAAACGGAACCAACUCGAGCAGCAGCAACUUGCUCCAAGAAGGUCGUGUAUGUGCAUACCACGUCCUGGACAGAGGCAAAGAUGGCCGGCUUUGCUUCCGACGCACUCAGGUCAACUUCACGUGUCUCGGCAGCACCUGCAGGCAGGUGAGAUCACCUGGAGGUCACCUGGUCGCCAACCUGCUCUCCAACAGCACUGUGCUGCUCCAGUGGACUUACCCCAUGGUGCAGGAUAAAUCAGGACACAUCCUAGUGAACUCAGAGAUCUCAACAGAGCCUCCUACAGGGUCUCCGCCUGCCCCACCAAUGAGGGAGCCUCAGGGGGGCUUCAGGAUGAGGUGCUGGUGGAACGGCAGCUACACUCAGUUUGAGUGUGCGAGUGUGCACCUGGCCAGCAGCUGCAGGGACUAUUUACUGAGCGAGCUCCACGAAAACGUUCCCUACCGAAUCUGCCUGCAGCCAGCAGUUUGGGACGAGCCCGGCGAGUGUGUGGAGUUCAGCGUGUCACCCACGGGGAUGCAGGACAUCGUGAUCGCCAUGAUGACAGUGGGCGGAGCCAUCUGCGUGAUGCUCGUCAUCAUCUGCCUGCUGGUGGCCUACAUCACAGAGAACAUCAUGAGUCCCAAUGUGCAGCACACACUCGCCACACAGCAGCACUCUCGCCACUCACACAACACAUACCUCUGAACACACAGGGAUACACACACACGUGCGCGCAUAUCAACAGCUGAGGCCAUGAUUUCUUCAGAACUCUCAGAUGAACAUCUACACAUUUCCGUCAUGGCACUCGAACACAACUGUAACACAUGAGGACCUGGACAAACUCUGGAACAGCCUCUUACAGCCCACACACAUACACACGCUCUCUCUCUCUCUCUCUCUCUCUCUCUCUCUCUCUCUGCUAUCUCUGUGAGCUUCUGGUGCCACCCACACCAAAAAGACUGUGGGGAAAAUACACACAUCAUAAAACUUAGUUGAGUUUAGACAUGAGCACUGCUGCAUUCUGUGUUUCUUUUCAUCCUGAAGCAAAAAAAAAAUUUAAAAAUCUCACCAGAACCUGGGUUCUGAUUGGAUCCAUGUUCACAUAUCACAGUGAGUGUGUAUAAACACACAGAUCAGGUAGAAAAGCAAAUAAAACCAAGACUUAACUUAUACAUCUUCACACAAACAUCUGCCAAUAAGCUGUUGCGCCCCCUACUUGUGACCUGGUGAACUGAUGUUUUCCACUGAACUGUGCACAAUCGCAAAACGAGAUGAACCAGGUAGCUGGAGGAGCAUGUGAUGCGAAGAAAAGGUCCAAAUGUCAGAUUAUUGGUGAAAUAUAGAUAAUGGAGCGAAGAUGUUAUUAGUGACAUGGGUUUGUCUGAAAAUGCUAUCGUGGCUAAUGCGUCGAGCAUCUUUCUGGUACCCCUGAUGUUUUAUUUUCGCUCUAAACUUAGUAAGGAAGAUUAAAAUGCAGAGUUCCACAUGUUGUUAUUCCCAUGGAGAUACAAUCGUUUUCGGUUUUUAGGCUGCAUGGUGAAAGCUGAUGGGAAAAUGACUGAAUGCUGACCGCAUCCCAUUAGCAUUCAUUUAGCAUUAGCAACAUUAGCAUUUUAGGUGAUGUGUUCUUACUGCUUUGAGAACGAAAGAAGUACCUGAAGUUUUAUUAUUAUUAUUUAAGUUUUUCUCCUCUGUGGGAGCAAUGCUGUUUUAUUUCUGUAGGACUUUAUAGUCAUAAAGUCGGCUAACACACGCCAUCAUUGUGGUGGCUACAAUAAAAAUUUUAUGCCUUACAAAGUUAAUAAUAUUCCGUUAUACUGAGGACACACAGAUUGGUGAAGCAAUCUGAAUACUGUGCUAUUUCUCUCUCUCUCUCUCUCUC